CGAUUGUCCUCUUCGCCGUCAACGCUCACCUUGAAGACCACCUACGAUUGCCUCAGCGCUCAAUCUCUGCUCGAAGUCCCAAUUUGGCUCUGAAACUCGCUCCUCGACUCUACUCCGAAACUCACAUACGAAAACAACGAACACGAGACGACUUGAGCAACGCGAUGCCAGUGCUACCGACGCGUAAAGAGAUGCAGGAGAUGAAACGCCCAGAGCUACAGAAGCUCUGCAAAGACUAUGGCGUCAAAGCAAACCUCAAGACCGAGGCCUUGAUCGAAUUGCUAUUGGAUACGAGAAACGCGAAUCCCCGGAUGGUCCCCAUACCGGCACCUCCUGCGGUAGUCCCCGCAGCACGCCGCAGCGUCUCCACGAGGCAGAGCAGUCGAUCGACCGCACCCCGAAUCAGCUCUGUGAUUAUUCACGACACGGAUGACGAAGACGAAUCAGAGUCACAGGGUACGAACGUGGAGGAGACCGAGAAUCACCCCGAGCCGGAGCCGGAGCCCAUGCCGACUCGGACUCGCAAAGCAAAGGAGACACAAACUCGACUUGGGAUGGGACGGCCAGUAGUGGCCGGAGGAAGCGGCGCACGCGCGGUGACGAAGUCCAUGAGCAUCGCCAAAGGGAAACGUGGGAAGAGUAUCAAGAUAGCCAAGCCAGUGCAGGAGACUAUCGUUGAGGAAGGCGACGAAGAACAGCCUGAGGCUGGACCAUCCAAACCACAAUCGAAGGAAAUAAUCCUACAAUCUUUACACGAGCUUGAGUCGGCGGAGACACGGAGGGAACAGAUUGCAAGCGUGAUCACCGAUCAGCUUGCACCUAUUCUUGAGCAACUAAAAUCGUUCAAAACGGAAGCUGAGCAAGUUCCUAGACUGAAAGCAGAAAUCGCCGAAUUGCAUAAGCAGGUCGCCGACGUUAAACUCUUGGAGGAGAAGGUCUCCAGUCUCGCUGCUCAACUCGAAACAUUAUCCGCACAGUCUGUGGGAAUCGCCUCACUGCGAGCCGAGUUCGAGCAGUGGAAGAUGUCCGAUCAUGCACCAGGCACUGGCGUGGCUGAUGCAUCUUCUGGAGGUGGAAGUGAGAACGAUUCCAACAUGUCCAGUUCUUCGAAUUCACGCACAGCGGGGAUGAUCAAAAGAAGUGACAUGCCUGCGCCCGGUGUUGCUCCGCAACUGCUUGGGAAGCGACAUCGAGAUUCCUCUUCAAGCGAUCUCACAGGGGUCAUUGAAGAUGGCGAGGAGGGCCAGCUGAACGCUGAUGAACUCGCCAAACUAGUGACGCGCCCGACGAAGAAACGGCCCAAACUGCAGGACGAUUCUGCGAUGGACGCCGAGGAUGUGCCCACUCCACCUCGAGUGCCGAGUUUCACUGUAUAUAGUGGUGAGGAGGAGUCCUAUGUGGAUCCUCCUCCUCCGAUGGAGGGACUGCCUGCGUUUUAUGGGGCCUCCUCUUCGGGAACGACGACCAGCACCCGGAACGCCUCUGAAAAUCAGCAUCCAUUCAAUUAUGCCUUCCUCCCUCUCACAUCUACUCCUUCGGACUCUUUAUUCGCCCUGCCCAGUUUUCCCUUCCCUGAAGCCCCCACAUCGCCAACCCCCACGGGUCCAAACCAAAUUAGCACAUCACGUGACACUGGUCGCACGGAUAUUUUCGAGCCGUUUGGUUUACCAUCUCCAAGUCGGCCGCGAUCCCGUGUUACGAGCCUGUCCUCACGCGACGGGUCGUUUGUUGACCCUUCUGUGAUCAGUCAUCGCCCAUCUGAGAAAGAGCGAGAAGAGCUGGCCGCCUCGUUUGGCUUCAAGGCUCUGCCACGACUUCCGGGAGAACCUGACGGACAAGCCUCGCGAACGAUGUAUGGGACUGAAUUGGACAGCGACACCCGAUUCGGCGAUUUCGGCGUUGAGGGUGUUGCCUCCAGUGGAUUCUGGGCUGGAAGCCGAUUCUAAACGCCGCCGAUUUCUAUCCAUCUUAGCUGUAUUUUUGGAACAAAUGUGUUGAUUCAUGUAUAGCCUAACUAUCUAAUGCAUACUUGUACAAGCAACACGUUCAUUCAAACUUGAAGGCUCUCUGAGUGCGAGAAAUUCCGAUUCUUGAUCAACAGAAACGCGAGCAGCCUGGGAUUUGAGGGGAGACGACAAUGCAUGGAUUCAAUGGAAACUGGCUGGCAGGAGGUCGGAGCCGGUUUGUGUCUCUUGCCCGGGUCUGAAGGGCCAGGCAAUCACUCAAGAAGAGGGCCUUCCUGCAAGAACUGGCGUCAGAAAAUGCGGACCUUCACCAGAUCACAACCCCACAUGUUCUCAGUCCUCGGUCGUACUGGAAACUGCCUUCGAUGCGUAUAGCCCGUUGCUACAAAGGGCCGUACCGGGCUCUGCUUAUCGGCAUCUUGUGGGAUGGAACUGAUUAGAGCGAUGUCGGUCCUGUAAAUGCUUGACGACCAGCCUAGCAACGCAGACUCUCCAGGAGGCCUGAGGUGUUUGGCGUGAUGAACCAAUAGAGUGGGACCAGUCUCGCUAUUGUCCUGAAAAGGCUAUCGCAUAAAAGCCUCGGCAAGCAGAUUUGAUCCAAUCUUUCCUUUCUUCCCCUCCUCCUCCAACUUCCCGGCGACAGUUUCCAGCGUUUUGCUUGGUUCACCUGACAUUCUUUGAACUCCUUUUGAAAAUCCACCCAAUUCUAUCCUCGCUAGCGAUGUUUGCCUCUCUUUCUUUGGGCCUGGCUCUCUUGCCCGCCGUCUUUGCCACUGUUUAUGAUGUCGAUGUCGGAGGGAGCAACGGGACCCUUGUCUUCGUCCCUGAGAUUGUGAACGCCAUGCCAGGAGAUCAGGUUGUGUUCCACUUCAACCCCAAGAACCACACCGUGUCGCAGUCCAGCUUCGCGGCCCCUUGCUCGUUGAAGGAUGGUGGAUUUACCUCCGGGUUCAUGCCGGUUGCUGCUAAUGUGUCUGCUGACUCGCGUCCCACCUACACGGUUCAAGUCAACGAUACCGCGCCAAUUUGGAUCUACUGUGCUCAGGCCAAGAACACCCCGGCCAGCCACUGUGGAAAGGGAAUGAUUAUGGCCAUCAACUGCCCCAAGUCUGGCCCCAACACGUUCGACACCUUCAAGAAGUCUGCUCUUGAUAUCGGUGCCGGUUUGGUCGCUGCCGCUUCCUCAGCUUCGGCCGCAGCCGUUAGCGCGCCCGCAACUGCUGUCGCGUCGGCUACCAGCACUGCGGACUACAGCUACACGACUCUCCCACCUGUUGUUCCUCAAAGCGUUGUCACAGUUCCCAUCACGCUCGAUACGACUUCCGUCUGGACCACGACGUACACCUCCCUCCAGAACUCGCCGGCGGCGACUCCCGUUGCUGCUGCAGGUGCCGUCCACACUGUCAUCGUCGGUGGCACUGGACCCAACGGCCCCAACUUGUUCUUCACCCCGAACAACAUCACCGCCUCUCCCCGGGACACCAUCGUCUUCCAAUUCCAACAGAAGAACCACACGGUCACUCAGAGCUCCUUCGCUGACCCGUGCCACCGUCUGAACGCCAACAAUGCGUCUGCUCCUCUUGGUCUUGCGUCCGGCUUCAUGCCCGUGGCUACCGGCGCGACCGAUUUCCCUACCUGGAACGUCACCGUGAACUCGACCAACCCGCUGUGGUUCUACUGCGGACAAGUUGGCCACUGCGCGGCCGGAAUGGUCUUCUCGGUCAAUGCCGUUGAACCCCGGGACUUCUCUGCGUUCCAGACCAUUGCCAAGUCGUUCAAGACGAACGUGAGCUCUGCUGCGGCUGUGAGCGCGGCUGCUCCCUCGGGAUCGGCGGCCUCGACGACUGGUGGCGCUGUCUCCGUCCGUGUUGGAGGCGGUGUCGCUGCCCUGGCUGUCUUUGCCGUCUCGGCUCUCCUGCUCUGAUUCCCUACUCCUCCCUCCUGACGUCUUUCAUGAAAUUUUGGCACGGACUAAUCUUCUACUCACUGUCUUGAUGACAUGGGAAUUAUCUGUCUAGGUUGACCCUAGUAAUUGUAGUGCUAGUCACUCAAUACAUUCUUGAUCAUA